AUGGCCGUAGAAGCUUUUCUCACACGUGGACAAAAUGUCAAAACACAUGGAGAUUUAAUUUACAUUGACGCAGAUAUCAAUGGACAAAAAGUUAAGGCAAUAUUCGACACCGGGAGCGAGAUCAAUAUUCUAAAUACCUCUAUUUAUCGUCAAGGUUUAGGUUUACCUGCAGAUAUGAAUCAUAGGACCCAAUUGAGAGAUGCCAAUGGGAAUCUCGGAGAACUUGCUGGAAUAAUCCAUGCCGCCCCUAUCAACAUUGGAAAUAUUCAGACAUUACGAACUGUGCUUCUAAAUGAUCAGGCACCAUUUGAAUUAUUAUUAGGACACUCUUGGCAAACUGUCAACAGAGUGGGUCUUUCCGAAAGAAAUGAUGGGACCUAUCUAACAUUUCCUAAUCCG